AAAGUAAAUUCAUUAAUCCUAGAUGUCUAAAAUGGCUGAGGAAAAUGGAAUAUUUCAUGGUUUUCUAAUAUUCGGUCUGAUUGUGCUUGGCUACUUUUUUUGCCACUUUUAUCAGAGGUUCUGGCGAGCCAUUUCUGGGAAGAAGAAACCUAAUCAGGAGUUGGCAAAGCCGCCAGAGUUGCCACCGUUCCCGUUUACUCGGAUGACGGCAAAUCAAUUGCUGGAUUACGAUGGCACUCGCCGUGAUGGACGGAUUCUGAUUGCGUUCAAGGGAAAGAUCUAUGAUGUCUCGUCUGGCUUGGAGGAGUUUAGUCCACAGGGUGUGCUGGGCUGUGUGGCCGGAAAGAAUUUCUCUGAAUAUUUGGAGCGCACCCUAAAGCCGCGCGAGACAAUCAUUGAUUAUAUAAAUCGCUGGGAUACGCUGCUCGCUAAGAAUUAUCCCAUGGUUGGGGUCUUGAUCGACGAGGAGGAAAUGGAAGAUAAUUUAUUGGUUAACUCGGAGCCGGGCAUUAUGGAGGAGGGUUUGAGGAAUAUUAAUCGUGAUAAUGAUAAUGAUAAUGAUAAUGAUCAUGACAAUGAUAAUGACAAUGACAAUGAUAAUACAUUCCUCGAUAGCUCGGAUGUACAAUUGAUUGAGUCGACCUUUGAAGACGACGAUGCGAACAAAUCGGUUAUCGAAGUUCAGGUGGGCAAGGUUCAAAUGAAGGAUAUUCCCGACGAGGCCAAGAUACACGAUACACCUGAGAUGCCACUUGGCGCUGCGAUUUCAGAAAAAACUUGUUAAAUAAUACGUUUCUCUAAUGUCUGUUUUGCGUUUCUUGUUCUUGUGUUAAUAAACUGUCGGUUUAUAAAGGCUGCAGU